UGAAAAGGCGCCACAUUGCUCGCGCCUCGUCGAAACGACCUCCGCCACUCCUCGGAUAAUCCAGCCAGCCUGCCAACCCUCUCUCUCUUUCCUCUUCGUCAUCGUUCGUCGUCGGUUCUUGUACCAAAGCAGCAGCAUAUCCCCAUAUUCUCGACAUGGGCAGUGGGGCGAGCAACUUCCAGCGCCGCGGCAGUGCUAAUGCCGGCAACAAAGCGCCAGCGAAAAUGACUGGCCGGGGGGUGCCUGCACCACUCGUGGCGGCCAACACGCAGUGGAAGAUGGUGCCGCAGACGAUUUCCCGGGACAAGUCUCUCAAGUCAUUGGACGAAGCCGAGCUCAACUCGAUGCUCAACGACCCUGUGGGCCAAAAGCAUAUUGGCAACUACGCCAAGAAGAUCCUGACGUCGGAAUCGUUUUACUGCUGGAUCGAAAUCCUAGAGUUUCGGGACGCCCCGUCCUCGGGAUACCAGCGAAGCGUGGCCAAACACAUUUACAAAAAGUACGUCCGCAAAGGCGCAUCCAUGGCCCUGGGGGGGCUCACCCGCGAAAUCGUCGCCGAGUUUGACCAAAAACUCGCGGUUAUCGACUCGGCGCCCAACGUGAUCAACCAAGACUUUUUCGCGUCGAUUCAAAAGCUGUGUUUUGACGACAUGUGCCGCAACACGUACCACCGGUUCAAGUCGUCCCCCGAGUUUGACUUGUACAAACUCGAGCUCAAAGACACGUACAACAAGGUCACGGUCGACGACUUUGACUACCUCGAGCUGCUCGGCAGUGGCGGAUUUGGACGGGUCGUGCACGCCCGGAAAAAAUCGACUGGCAAACACUACGCAAUGAAAAUCCAAUUGAAAAACGGGUUGUUGCACGAGCACCAAGACCAACUGGAUCAAAUCACGUCGGAGAAGGACAUUUUGCAGAUCUGCAACCACCCGUACAUAUUGGACAUGCACUACAGUUUCCAAACAUCCGCGCAUGCGAUCAUCGUGACGGAAUUGGUGCGCGGCGGCGACCUGAACGAGCUCAUGAAAACGUCCAAGAAGGGGUACCUCCCCGAAGGUCGGGUGCGGCUGUACGCUGCCGAAAUCGCCUUGGCACUCAACCAUUUGCACGAGUUGGGGCUGAUUUACCGCGACUUGAAGCCGUGCAACGUCUUGCUUGGCGAAGACGGACACCUUGUGCUGGCGGACAUGGGGCUAGCCACAGGCCUCGAAGAGAUCCGCGCCAAGAAGAAGGAAAAAGAAAAAGCGACUGAGCGUGCGCUACAAGUCCUCAACGAUGCCAAGCGACAGCAAGGAAAGGGCGACGACGACGAUGACUUGCCCGUGCCCGUGGUGGUGCCGACGCCGCACUCGGAAGCCGAAGCCCAAAAACGUCAGGAUGAAGAGAACGCCACCCCGUCGACCAACAGCCAGCUGCAAAACAUCCCCAAGUCGUUUGCCCGCCCGCCCGAUGCCAAGUACACGCGCCGCAAGACCACGGUCGGUACCAAGGGCUACAUGGCCCCGGAACUCAUCUCGGGGAAGCUGCUGCGACGGGAAGAACGCCCGGGGUACAACUACACGAUCGACUAUUGGUCGUUGGGGGUCACCGUGUACGAACUCGUGUGUGGGUAUCAGCCGUUCAAUUUGUACAAUGUCCUGGGGGAUGGCUUCCUCGCCGAGAUCGCGCAAGAAGUUGAAGUCGCCAAGUUGAGUCCACGGUCGCAGUAUCGCGCAGAACUGGAGCGCAUGGCGGCGGGCGUCGACUACCCUGAAUACGUAUCGGAAGAAGUCCGCGACUUUAUCAACAAGUUGCUCGAUGUCAACGCGAGCUCGCGCAUGGGGUGUACGACCCGUGGCUUUUUGGAUAUCAUGGAACACCCGUACUUUAAAGAUUUGGACUGGGAGCGCCUCAUGGUCAAGCACGUUCAGCCAGAGUUUACGCCCACGGUGAAACCCCUCACCGAUCGCAAAACAUAUUCCAACUUUUGGAACAUGAUGGCGCACUUCGACGCCCGUGACAAGCACUUUAUUCGGCACGACUGGUACCAAGACCCGCCACCGGAGAAACAAAAAGCGUUUGAACACUGGGACUACAUUUCCCCGCACACGCUCAAGGCCGAGCUCGGCAUUGCCACGGAAAUGGAUGAGUCGAAUCGGCCGUACAAGAUCCUCCAGUUGACAGGCGAGACGGCCGGGUAGGAGUAGCGAGCGCGAGAGGACGACGAUGACGUGGCAGGCGGGCACGUGUGCGUGCGAGGUCGUUGUCGCUUAAUAGACAGACUUUUUCUGCGUAUUUGUACAAACGAGGUUGUCGUGGACGUCCGAUGCAAUACUAGUAACAACCAUGUGCAACU